GCAAACCCAGAUCUGGGAUUUGAGUUUCUCUCUCAAACUUCAUCUUAUUCCUCCUUUCCUCCUCCCUGCUCAUCCUUCUUCUUUCUUCUUCUUAUUCUUUCUCUCUCUCUCUUCUCCCUUCUUCUUCCUCUUUGAAACCCAAAUCUGGGUUUUUCUCAGUCAGAAUCAAUGCCUUCAGCGGCAGUGAAUCAGUGGCAGGAAAAAGCUAGUGGUUUUUUUUAAUCGUGAAUUUUCUUGAUCUAGAGGGGCAUAGUGAAAUCUUGUCCGAAGAUUUCGAGUGUUGGCUUGAAUUCAUGUGUUUGGAUCAAAAUCUGGUUUCAGUGAAUGUCAAUUUCAUGGGUAGCAGCCACGUCUUGGUCGAAGAAAAUGUAAGCUUUAGCUAUGAGAACAUAGAAGAGAGGAAAGGUAGGAACGGUUUCAAAGGAGUUCGAGUUUGGAGAAUUUGCAAGGGGAAGAUAGCGAGGAAGUGAAUGUUAGGGCUACAAGCGGGUACCUUGGGAGCUUGCCGAACCAUUUCUUAUUGGAAAUGUAUCACAUUUUGCAGAAAAACAAAAACCAAAAAAAGGCCACCAGAAGGGGCCCAACAACCGACAGACCAUAAAGGGUCAUUAGAGCA